CGUUUCGGGGCGUUGACGCACAUUCCAGGUGUGUUGCUGCCGUCAUGGGGAUGGUUUACUCGCAGUCAGCCUGUCAGGCAGCCUAUGAUGGAGAUCUCCAUCAGCUUCAUACCAUCCUGAAGAUGAACCCAACCAUGCUGGAUGUUCAGGACCAACACACUGGGGAUACGCCCCUCAUUGCUGCUUGUCGUCAUGGUAACCUGAAAGCAGUGAAGUAUCUGGUUGAUAACAAGGCAAAUGCCCAGCUUACCAAUAAGAAACAGAGGACAUGUCUUCACUAUGUGUCUAAGAGGACUCUGUCUCUUUUGGAUUACCUGAUGAUCACCAUCCUGAUGCCUAUUCUGCUGCUGGGAUACUUCCUCCUGCUGCAGAAACAGAGAAGGAGCGUGGCACUAAUGGAUGUCGUGCUGAGCAGCAGAGUUAAUGUCAGCACCGUUGACUAUAAAGGAAACACAGCGCUGCACUAUGUCUGUCAGACGAAAAAUUACCAUCUGGUUCCGCUGUUGUUGAAACGGAAUGCCAAAACUGACAUCAGGAAUAAAGAUGGAGAAACUCCGCUGGACAUUGCCAACCGGCUGAAGUUCACAAAGAUUGUUAAUAUGCUUAGAAAGACAAACUGAACUGAUUGACACCCAACAGCAUCAUCAUUAGAGGACAGACUGAUCCAUGAUGCUGAAGAAGAGACACUGAUCCCAAACUCUGCUAAACUAGCCUUGGACACUUGGUGUUUUAAGCUAAAAGGAGGUUUCUAUUUUAGGCUAGCUUGGCUAACAUUACUGUACUAAGCUUGGUAAAUUCUUUCUGUGGUGUGCUAACCCUGACCCUAGGCUAAUAGUUUUUGUAUUAAAUUAAGCUAAAUGUAUCUGCUCAAAAACAGGCUAAUAGAAUCAUUGAGCUUUCUUUCUUCUUGGAUGGUGGGGACAAUAGUAGGAGGUUGUUCAGCAUUCCUACUCUGUCCACUUCUGUUGUGUCCUUGGGAAGGACACUUAACAUACCUGCCUGCUGGUGGAUGCCAGAGGGCUCAGUGGCGUCACUGCAUGGCAGCCUCACCUCUGUCAGUGCAGCUGUGGGAUUCAUCAGCAAGUAUGCGUGAAUGGGUGAAUGGCUGAAUGUUGUGUGAAUUGCUAUCGAGUUCUGUGGGUUUAAUAAGGCACUAUGCUAGUACAGGCUAUUUACCAUUUGGCUGUUGCAUUUUUCUAAGUUUCUCUGGAGAAUUUAUCUAAACAAAGAGGAGGUAAUUAUGCCAUUUCAUUCCAGUGUUUUGUACCUGUGACAUAUCUAAAAACUGCUGGACAGUGGCCCUUGAGGACUGGAGUUUGACACCCCUGAUGUAAGUCCUUUUAGGCUAAAAGCUGUUCUUAUUGUCUACCAUCAGUUAUUAUCAUAGAUGCUGAGAUAGACUAGCGGUUAAUGUCUUUGUACCACUAACUAAACACUAACUAAAAGCCUUAAAACAAUCAUAAACAUUAGUUCCACUAGCAACUUUUUUUUUAUAACUUUGACCAAGUUGAUAUUCACCAGGUGUCAAUUACACAACAUAUGCUACAACAUAUGUUGUGGAAUCACUUCAAACAGGGUCAAAUUUGUCUCCACAUGCUUACUGUCAUGGAUUGUGAUUUAGAAUUUUUUUUUUUGGAACAGACCUUUUAUAUAAUUCCAACUUUUUAGUUAUUGAGUAUUGCUCCUAAUCUGACUGCCUAAUUAAACACAGUAGAGCUUCAAUCAGAAAGCAUGCAGGACAUCAGUUGAUGUUAUACUGGCAUUAGCACAACUACAGGCUUUAGAUCUACUGCAAUGCAUUCUGGGCACAAAGUAAUUAUCAUUUGCUGCACAGCAUCAGAGUAUUUGUUAUGAGGUUGUUAUGCCAUGAUAUUCUGGAAUAAUAUAACAAACAUUUUUCAUUGAAAAAAAAUCAUCAUGUUGGGUUUUUUUGUAAUGGAAAAUGUGGCCAUUCCAAAUGAACAUACAUAACUUUCAGAUGUUGACUUCUUUUUCUUUUCUUUUUUUUUUUACAGUAAAUAUUAAAUUCCUUCAAACACCAGAAACAAAAACCUAAUUUCCAGAUUUUCUUAUCUUCUAUUUAAAUCUACAAUCUAUCUAUAUAGAUAGAUAGAUAGAUAGAUAGAUAGAUAUAUAGAUUGAUAGAUAGAUAGAUAGACAGACAGACAGAUAUAGAUCGAUAGAUAGAUAUGGUAAAUGGACUGAACUUAAAUAGCGCUUUUCCAGUCAUUUUGACCACUCAAAGCACUUUACACUAGAGUCACAUUCACUCAUUCGCACUCACAAACGCACACACAUUCAUACACCAAUACGAAGACCAGUAGCCAAUUUGAGGUUAAGUGCCUUGCCAAGAGGCACAUCGACAAGCUGGAAUCGAACCUGCAACCGACCGUUUGCAAGACCAGUCUGCCAGACAGCCACAGUCGCCUUGAUAGAUAUCUAUAUAUGAUAUGUAUAUAUAUAUAUAUAUAUAUAUAUAUACAUAUAUUCAUUCCAGUGUUUUGUACCUGUGACAUAUCUAAAAACUGCUGGACAGUGGCCCAGCACUAGAUAUAUGAUAUCAUAUAUAGAUAUAUAUAGAUAUCUAUAUAUAGAUAUAUUUGAAGGAAUAUAUAUAUAUAUGUAUAUAUUUCGUCAAAUAUAUUUAUAUAUAGACCCUGCAGAUAUGUAUAUCUAUAUAGAUAUAGAAAGAUAUAUAUAUCUAUCUAUAUAUAUACAUCUAUAUACUAACUAAACUAAAAGAAAUUGUCACCUUCUGUUUUUAUGGAAAUAACGUAAAAUAAAUUUGACUUUGCAUCUUGAUUGUAUUUGACAUCUUGAAAUUGAUCUGUUUUCUUAAAAAGACUUUUCUAAUACCGCUUCUUCAAGACAUCCUCACAACAAUGAUGCUAUUUACAACCAUUUUAAAGAGCAUUGGACAGAGAAAUAGUUUAUUAUGAUAAGCAGAUGCAUAGUUCCAGCAUGUGUUUGCUAAGCACUUGGUAAAACUGAUAUUUAGAAUUGGAGUCUUUGAAGAGCAGGGUGGCUUUGGCAUUUAAACUUGAUUUUAAGUAAUUCUAAAGCACCAAUGUAAUUUUGAUGUAACAUGUCUAUAAUACCCUUCCCAAACAAAAAGGCAUGGAUAGGAAAUCAAAGCAAAAGCUGCAGGGUCUAUAGCUCGAGAUUAUGAACCUCUCAGUUUCACUUCACUGUUUUCAAACUUAGCAAACCCACAACCAGAAUAUGUU